AUGAACGCAUGCUGGUUCCAAGUUUCAUUCCGGUUCCUGUUCUGCGUCAAUGUUCUGCCAGUCUGUUGGAGUGCUCAUGGGAAGUAUGCCCAGAAGCUGUUGAAUGAUUUAUUCGCUAACUACACCAGUGCUCUCCGGCCAGUGGAGGACACAGACAACAUCAUGAAUGUCACUCUGCAGAUCACCCUCUCACAGAUCAUUGACAUGGAUGAACGUAACCAGAUCCUCACCUCCUACCUGUGGAUCCGACAGGUGUGGAUUGACGCCUUCCUCACCUGGAACAAAGAGGAUUAUGAUGGACUCGAUACCAUCCGCAUACCUAGUAGUUAUGUAUGGAGACCCGAUAUUGUCCUAUAUAACAAUGCUGACGACCAGUUCUCCGGCUCCAUGGAAACCAACGUGGUGAUCCGGCACGACGGGCAAAUCAUGUGGGACUCGCCGGCCAUCACCAAGAGCUCCUGCAAGGUGGACGUGUCCUUCUUCCCCUUCGAUGCCCAGCAGUGCCGACUAACCUUUGGCUCAUGGACUCACAAUGGAAACCAGAUGGACAUCCACAAUGCGCUGGACAGCGCAGACCUUGCCGACUUUGUGGAGAACGUGGAGUGGGAGGUCCUGGGGAUGCCCGCCAAGAAGAACAUCAUCCUAUACGGCUGCUGUUCGGACCCCUACCCAGACAUCACUUACACUCUGCACCUAAAGAGAAGGGCCUCCUUCUACAUCUUCAACCUGCUCAUCCCCUGCAUGAUGAUCUCCUUCCUGGCCCCACUGGGCUUCUACCUGCCUGCCGACUCGGGGGAGAAGGUGUCCCUGGGCGUCACUGUUCUUCUGGCCCUCACUGUCUUCCAGCUACUGGUGGCUGAGAGCAUGCCUCCCUCGGAAAAUGUGCCACUCAUUGGAAAAUACUACAUUGCUACAAUGACCAUGAUAACAGCCUCCACUGCCCUGACCAUCUUCAUCAUGAACAUCCACUACUGCGGCCCGGAGGCCAAACCGGUUCCCGAGUGGGCCAGGAAAUUCAUUCUGCACUACCUGGCCCGGAUUUGCUUUGUGUACGAGGUGGGUGAAAACUGUAUGACUGCCCAGCCAGAGAAGCCUGAACCUCAGCCACAGAGGAGUGCCAACUGGGCCAUGAAUGGCGAAGCCAGGAGGGAGGACCUCACCAGGAUGGAGGUGCCCCCCGAUAAAGAGGAUGUGGAGCAGGUGGUCAGCCCUACCGGGUCCAUGGGGAACAACCCCACCCCCAACUACAGUGCAUGGAAAGAGGAGGAGAUGGCAGGUGCAGCUAGAAGAGGAGGAAGAGGAGGAGGAGGAGGAGGAGGAGGAGGAAGAAGAGGUGUGGCAGGUGAGGGAGGAGGGAAAGUGAAAGAAAUUUGCAAGGCCCAGUGUGUGUGCCACCACCAGAUGCUCCUGAGGAACCUGGAGUACAUUGCCAAUUGCUACCGUGACCAGAGGACCACUCAGAGAAGGACUGGAGAGUGGAAGAAAGUGGCCAAGGUCAUGGACCGCUUCUUCAUGUGGAUCUUCUUCAUCAUGGUCUUCCUUAUGAGCCUGCUCAUCAUGGGCAAAGCCAUCUGA